AUGCCAAAACUAACAGAUAAUUUAAAAUACAUUGAACUAGAUUUUAACUCAAUUGAAGUAUUAAACGCUAAUGGAUUCAAUUUAAAGAGAUUAUCACUACAACAUAACAUACUAAAGGAGAUUACCCCAUCCACAUCAUUUCAGUCUCUCCAGCAACUUGAUUUACGUGACAAUAAACUGACUUUUCUCCCAUCAAAUUUUGCAGAAAUUUGUCCUAAAUUAAAAAGUAUAAAUCUAUCACAUAAUCAAAUUUCAGAAUAUCCGAAAUUACCAUUUACAGUAACCGAAAUCGAUCUUUCAUUUAACCUUAUUUGUGAACUUCCCUCAAAUUUCAAUGCUUUCACUUGUUUGUGUAGAAUUUACUUACAGAACAAUCAAAUCAAAAAAGUGAAGAAUAUUCCAUCAUGUCUACAACUAUUUAAUAUUAUUAACAACAACGUGAGCUCAUUUGCGUUAAAUCACGUUCCUGAUUUGGCCCAUCUUUAUUUGAUGGGAAACAACCUUGAAAAGUUCCCACAGAUCAAAGGAAAUAUGAUAAAUGACUACUACUUCAGAUAUAAUAACAUACAAAAGAUAGAAAUGAGAUAUAUUUUAGAUUCAACAAGAAUUAUUGAUUUGUCUUUCAAUAAUUUGGAUGAAAUACCAUCCGCUGUGUUUAGAUUACCAUAUUUGUUCGAUCUACAGUUGGCAGGGAAUCAAUUAAAGACAAUAAAUCAAGAAAUUAUAAAUUCUCCUAUUGGAAGACUGAAUUUAUCAUCAAAUCCAAUAGAAUCAUUACCAAAAUUGCCAUAUAACUUAGAAGAACUGUUUAUUUCUGAUUGUAAUUUGAAAAAUCUAGAUAUUUUAUCUGAAAAUAAGAAUUUAGUUGUUUUAGUUGCUUCUUGCAACAAAUUAUCACAGAUACCAUUUAUUUCUAGCCUACAAGAGGUUGAUUUAUCAUAUAAUCGCUUCCUAGAGUUCCCAAAAUUACCUAAUACAAUUAUUUCAUUGGAUUUAUCGUUUAAUGAGAUCCAAUUCUUUCCAGACAAGUUUAAUUGUCCUAAUUUAGUAACAUUGGAUGUUUCUUUCAAUCUAAUUCAGUAUAUUCCGAAUUUCAUUCAAUAUCCUAAUCUAAAACAGCUUAAUUUAGCUUCAACUCAAUUCCAAAAUGAGUUAAAUGUCUCAGAAGAACUAACUCACCUUGAUUUAACCAAUACUCAAAUAAAUCGUUUUUCAUCAACCGGAAAAUUUUAUUUUACAUCAGCGAAAUCAGAAGGAUACCAUGAGAGAUACAUUACUGAUUCUAUAUACUAUGCAUCUACCAUAGCUUUUCCAACUUUUUUCGGUGAUAUCAUUAUAUCAAGAAUAUUUAAAGACAACAAGCAUCCAAAGUUAUUAGGUAUUGUUGACAAUCGCAAGAAUUAUCCAAAUACAAACUAUUUCUCCAAUUAUUUGAUAGAUAAUGUUGAAAAAUACGGGAUUUCGGAUAAAAAUUUGAAAAAAAGUAUCGAAGAAGCUUUGGAUCACUUAGAAAUGAAGAAUGUACACGAGUAUGUUUCAGCCGCAUUCUUUUCCACUAAAGGAAAGCAAUUAAUUGUUUCUUCGGUCGGAGGAAUGGCGGUUUUUGUAAAGUUCUCAAAUAAAAUCAUUCAAAUUUGUGGCAAUUUACCAUUUACUUUAUUUUGUUCCCGGCACAACACAUACGGUAGCAUUGGUUCUGACAAAGAUGCAGCGAUGUAUUAUGUCCACAACAUCAAAGAGAAAGCGGAAACAUAUAAAAUGGAUGUUUCCGAAGACAUGAAAUUCGUCAUCAUUGUUUCAAUGAGUAUCGUCGAUACUUUGAUGUCGAAAACAAUAGAAAAAAUUAUUUUAGAUGCAGCAGACGGACCUGAAAUUGCUGCGAGGUUGAAGUCUGCUUGUAAGUCUUCAAUGUGCAGCGAUAACAUUUCGGUAUUGGUCGCUUAUAUCCCAUCUUUACUGAAAUAA